AUUUACGUAUUUUCUAAUAUUGGAAUUUUCUGCUAUUUCUUUUUGUGUGGAACUCACCAGAAUCUUGUUCUUCACUCCUCACCGAUUUCGAAGUUAAGUACACAUCUUCAUUUUCUCCGGCAAGAAAAACAGGUUAUGGCAUUCACUAACUAUCUUCCACCGCUUCAAUUUAUAAUAAAACCCUCUCCAAAACCUUCUCCCAUAUUAUUCAACUUCUCUUCUAAACUCCCCAAUUCCACACUUCACAAUAACCCUUCUCCAUUUCCAUCCCUCCGCAGAAUCGUUAAGGUUAAGGCAAAACCAAAGGAACCUGAAGUGAGUGUAGCUAGUGAUGCAUUUACACAAUUUAAGCAUCUUCUUUUGCCUAUUACUGAUAGAAAUCCCUAUCUCUCUGAAGGAACAAAACAGGCUAUAGCAACUACCACUGCCUUAGCUAAAAAGUAUGGAGCUGACAUUACAGUUGUAGUUAUUGAUGAACAGCAGAAGGAGUCACUGCCUGAGCAUGAGACUCAACUAUCCAGCAUUCGUUGGCAUUUAUCUGAAGGUGGAUUGAAGGACUAUAACUUGCUUGAGCGUCUUGGUGACGGGAGCAAGCCAACGGCAAUUAUCGGCGAUGUGGCUGAUGACCUUAACUUGGAUUUGGUAGUUAUUAGCAUGGAAGCAAUUCAUACAAAGCAUAUAGAUGCAAAUUUGCUUGCUGAGUUCAUUCCUUGUCCUGUCAUGCUUUUGCCAUUGUAGUGUGCAAAUUUUUUUAGACAGUAAAUUAUUUUUGUUUCAUCUGCUAUGUCUUCUCUGCAGCAAUUUGAUACUCAAUGUUAUCUAGUAUAUGCUACUUUUAAAGUCCAGGGAUAUUUUGUUAAAUAUGCAUGACUGGACCUGACUAAGGUGGAGAGUGUAUAUGUUUGUGCUGAAGCAUGACUAAUAUUUAAAACUAGAAAGGAAAUUAUGGGUAUGUAAGAAUUUUUUAUUCCUUUCAUGUGAGGUUGUUAGCUUUUUAUUAA